UGAACGCACGGGGAUUGCAGCAGCCGCCUCGGCGCCGCGAGAUGGAGAUCCCCGCCGUGAGCGCGAGGCACGAUGUCGAGUGAGUGUCGGCGUCGCCGCGCGGAGGGGAGAGCGUAGAAGCUACCGAGGGGCAAUGUCUUCCCGCCUCGCGCGCCCCCGCCGUCGAAAAUAUUUGACCGGAUGUGCCACAACUGCUCCAGCUGUCAGUGCGCCGGUUGCCUCUCUCUCAGCCGGACACAACCCCGGCGCCCGGCGACCGCGCGGAUGGACACCCGGCACACGGGGGGCCGGCGCUCCCUUGUCCUUUGCACCUCUGGUCAGCGUCUCGAGGAACUAUGGUGAGUAAAGACGAGGCCAAAAGCAUCGUGGUGUCAGACACCGAUGAAUCCGAUUCGGACACGGACCUCGCGCACAACCUCGACGCGCACUCCGGGCCGCAGGUGAGGAAGAAGAACAAGGCCUUGCAGGUCCAUUUUCGGGAUAUCUGCGAGGCGCAGAAGGAGCACGGAGGAAAACACUCCCGGUCCAUAUCCUGCAAAGUGACCCACAGACAAUACAUGACCAUGCCCGCCAGACGCUCCAUCCCGAACGUGACCCGGAGCACCGGCGUGCAGACCUCACCCGACCUGACCAAGCGAUACAAGACUUUCCCCUUUGAGAGGAAGAAGGGACACACGUUCAAGCACGCCGCGUUAGUGGAGGACUACAGAGGACAAAACAACGGCUUCUUGAGCGAUAUAAAAGCGCUGGGAGAGGACGGACAACCCAUCGGGUUAUCCUCCGUUGUGGGACAGACCAAGGUUUUGCUCCACCAGACGGACGACAGCAGCGAUACGGAGGAUUUGAUUUGCGACGCCAACUGCGUGGACGGAACCUCCUGUCCGGAUUCUCAUCUCCCGUCCCGUCUGAACAACCCCGCGGAGCACCAGGACUGCGGGACAAGGACUAAACACAAAGGAUUACCGCGAGAAGACACGGACCAAGCUUACGCCAAGCGUCCGCUGGCCAACUCUGAGUUCGCAAAGGGCGGGGGUCCGGUCGCGUGGAACUCUUUGACCCGAGUGGAGUCUUUGGGAAGCCCCUCGAAGGCUUGUAAAAGAAAGCAGUCCCAGACGCUUCCCCACAGCGUCUCGUGUUCGUCGCAGUCGCGAGGGCAGUGCCGGACCAGGCACGCCUCGGCCUCCUCCAAACUCCAGCAAACGCCUGGGACGGGCGAGGGUUUACCUGCGGGGAGGAGCGGCCGGCGGGUGACACCUCAACCCGGAGACAAGGAUAUCAAAGAGCAGCUGCAGGCUAUGGAGAAUCUCAUCAACUCCAGCCAGGAGACCAUCAAGGUCCUCCUCGGAGUUAUUCAGGAGCUAGAGAAAGGUGAAGCACAGAGAGAGGGGCUCACCUACCGAACAGGACAAGACACGGCGAACUGCGACACCUGUCGAAACAGCGCAUGCAUCAUUUACAGUGUGGAGCUGGACUUCAAGCUGCAGGAGGACAAGCUGCAGCCCCUGAUGAAGAGACUCUGCGCCCUGGACGGCCAACCAUGCCCCCCCCUGCCUUACUCCAACGAGGUCUUCACCUCCACGCCCAAACGCAAAUCCAAGUCGGACUCUAAGAAGCACGCCCGCUGGAAACUUUGGUUCCUAUGAACGGAACGUGAAUGCUUCGCGGGGGGGGGGGCACUGAUUCCCUUGCUGUCUCAAAAUGGAUGGAAGAAUAUUCCGGAGGAGGGAUCGGACCGAGAGGAUGGAUUA